AUGCCUCGUAGAGACACUCCAUUCAACAAAGAACAAAGCCGCUUUCACAAUGACAACAAAAGAAGGGCCCAGAAUUUCCAAUUUAGACAAGGACAGAAUAAGAAAUUUGAAGGAGGUCAGCAAAACGGGCAAUCUGGAUUCCAACAAAUGCCACGAUGUCAAACUUGUGGAAAGAAUCAUUUCGGGGAGUGCAGGCUUUUAACUAAAAGCUGCUUCAAAUGUGGCAAGGGGGAUCAUUUUAUCAAAGAUUGUCCAUUGAUGAAGAACCAAAAAAUGAAGGAUGAACCUCAAAGGACAAAUGCUAGGGUGUUCACGAUUACUCAGGCUGAUGCUGAUACCAACAACUCUGUUGUGUCAGGUGAUAUUUUUGCAUCUGGUAUUCUCACUCAUGCAUUAAUAGAUUCAGGUGCCACGCAUUCAUUUGCAUCAUUGACAUAUGUAUAA